AUGACGCUCCACGUCCUCUACUUCCUCGCCCUCGUCUCCCGCCGAGACACCGUUUGGCGGGAGCCCCUCCGACCCCAGGAGGGCGAGAGUCCCCAGUGGGGGGCUCUGUACUCCCUGCUGGUCUCCAGGGGAGCUGGGGACUUGGGAUGGAGGGUUCUGCAUAGAGCCCUCGCGUCAGGAGAGAUCCAGCGGGUGUGCAGUACAUUUGGAAGUGGAUCACUCAGGACCUUCAGUAACAACUUUCGCUAUUUGAGAUCAACUUGUGCUCUUGUGUUCAGCCAAUCAUAUGAGACGGAUGCUCAAUUUAAAAUAAUAAUACAACGAGGGAAAGAUGGUAUUCUGGCUAAAAUUAAAAUCACUAUAGACAAUAUUGUAACUGUUGUGGAAAAUGGAACCAUUUCUGUUGAUGGAGCAAGGAUUUCCCUUCCAUUUGACCACAAAUCAGUUAAUAUCCAUAAAUACGGCAUUUACACAAGACUGAGGAGUAGGAGAGAAUUCCUGUCAGUGCUGUGGAAUAAUCAGGGAAAUGACAUAAAUGCACUUUGGAUGAAUCUUAAGUCUGGCUACCAAGAAAAAACUAGUGGUCUAUGUGCUGGUGCAAGUAAUCAAGAAAGUAAACAUUCUAAUGAAGACUGUGAAGACAGUGAUGUUAUACCAACAUGUGAAGGUGACUUGCUUGUUUGCCAGAUGACCAUAUCAAAUUACUUGACUUCUUGCAGUGGACCGUUAACAUCUGAAUAUAUUAGCAUUUGCCAAAUGGAGUUUUGUAAUGGCCUGCAAGAUAAGAAACAUGUGUGUCCUGUUUUUGAAGAAAUUGCUCGUAACUGUUACACAGUCACAGAAAGAACCUACAACUGGAGAAAGGACUGCUAUACACCCACCUGCCCUGGAAACCAGAAGUUUAAAGAUAAUGGCCCAGCCUUCAUGCAAACAUGCUCAAAUCCAACUUAUUCCGAUGAGAAACUAAUAAGCACUUGCGUUUGUCCUGAAGGUAAAAUUCUUGAUGACCGCCUCGGACAAAAUAAAUGUGUGGAAAAAGAAGAAUGCACCUGCAAAUUCGAUGGACAGAUUUAUAAACCAAAUAGCACAUGGUCAGGAUUGUGUGCAUCAUGCACUUGCGAAGGUGGAGAAUGGAAUUGUCAAAGAAAGACUUGCCUGUCAAGAUGCACAGUUGAAGGCGGGUCUUUCAUCCAUACAUUUGAUGGCAAAGAGUACACAUUGCAUGGAAACUGCAAGUACUAUGCUGCUAUGGGGGAUGACUGGAAAGUAAUAAUUCAGCUGAGUAAGUGUGCUAGCAGAAUGACUUGCCUGACAAGGGUGGAACUUGAAAUCACUGGUAACCAAACAACCACCUACUCUUUCACUGAACGAAACAUCUACAUUGAUGAGAAAGACACUAAUGAAAGGUAUAAUUCAGAAAAUGUGCAAUUUUUCCCGCAGUCGUCAUUGUACAUUCAGGUUCAAACAAAGCUUGGUAUGAAGAUGCAAAUUCAGAGAAGUCCUUUUAUGCAGCUGUAUGUGACAUUGCCUGCCAUUGCAAAGGGGGUAACAAAAGGUAGGACUGCUGCGUGGUUUACCUGUCAGUGUAUUUUUUAUAUUAUUUUCACUCUUCAACUUUUAUUUACACUGAACAAUGCAAAAAGAACACAUAGUGAUCUUGAUUGGUUGUGUGGUAACUACAAUGACAAAAGUGAUGAUGAAUUCAUGGCAAGCAGUGGAAUUGUGGAGGAUUCCAAAUCCUUUGCCAAAUCCUGGAGAAGACAGACACAAGAGUGUGCCGAGAUCUCUCCCAUCUGCAUGAAUACAGACAAUGAAAAAUAUGGAAAAGAGAAAUGUGCCUUCCUGAAGGACCCUGUAUUUGCUAAAUGCCAUUCUCUUGUCGAUUAUACACCUUUUCUCGAGAAAUGUAUAAGUAGUGCAAAAUGCUGUGCCAAUCCUGCAGAAUGCAUGUGUGUAGCACUGGGUAAUUAUGCAAAAGCCUGUGCUGCUAAAGGCUUGAUUGUGGAAAACUGGAGAAAGGACGAUUGUGAUGAGAAAUGUUCUAACAAUCAGCAGUUUUCAUACAACAUGAAGGCCUGCAAUAGUACAUGCCAGUCUCUAUCAGGCUCUGACUUUGCCUGUGAAGUGGAAGAUGUCCCAGUUGAUGGGUGUGGCUGCUUAGAGAAACAUUUGAACAGCAAAGGGGUGUGUGUUCCAGAAACUCAGUGCCCGUGCUAUUAUGGUCAAACUCCAGUUAGUCUGGGGCAAAAUGAAAUUGAUGGACAUUCCUGUGUUUGCCAAAAUGGAAACCUUGACUGCAAACCACUGAAAAACUGCACAGAGGGAAAGAAUUAUAUCAAAUGUUCUACAUAUUCAGGCCCAACGUCUGGAAAAACAUGUGAAAGUCUAAAUUUACCAGCCAGUGAUAACUGUGAAAGUGGCUGCUAUUGUCAAGAUGGAUAUUAUGAAGAUCAUAAAGGCAAAUGUGUUCGUCUGGAAGAAUGCACAUGCUCGUUUGGAGUCAAAACCUACUCUGCAGGGGAAACUGUCACAAGUGGAUGCAAUAAUUGCACUUGCACCAGGGGAAAGUGGAGUUGUACAGAAGAAGAAUGCAAAGGAAAAUGCCAAGUUUAUGGAGAUGGACACUUUCAAACCUUUGAUUUAAAGUGGUACAGCUACGAUGGGAAUUGUGAAUAUACUCUUGUAGAGGACUACUGCGGGUCGAAUGGUACUUUCCGAAUAGCAGCAGAAAGUGUUCCUUGCUGUGAUGAAGCACUUACAUGCUCAAGGGCUAUUAAAAUUAAAUACCAGGGUGAAGAAAUAGAAUUACGAGAUAUGAAAAUUUUAGAAAAGAGAUCAAACAAAUGUGAGGCCGGGACAGCGACAAGUUACUCUGUUCAUACAGUGGGCCUCUACCUAAUUAUCACUCUGACAAAUGGCAUUACAUUGUUGUGGGAUAAGCACACACGAGUAACAGUUAUAUUGGACCCCAAAUGGAAAAAUAAAGGUCUCUGUGGUCUCUGUGGAAACUUUGAUGGGGACUCUAAAAAUGACAUGAUAACCAGAGGAAAAUCAGAAGUUACAAAAGUGGUGGAAUUUGGCAACAGUUGGAAAGUCAAUCCCAAUUGUGCCAAUACAGUAAACCAAACAUCCCCCUGCGAGAAACACUGGUACUGUAGUGCAUGGGCAGAGAGAAGGUGCAAGAUCAUUACUGAUGAAAUCUUUCAAGAAUGUCAUAAGAAGGUGGACCCCCAGCCAUAUUAUGAUGUUUGUGUAAAAGAGUCAUGUGUCUGUGAAAUGGAGGGACAAUACCUUGGAUUUUGCACAGCUGUUGCUGCAUAUGCGGAGGCUUGCAGUGAAGCUGAUGUUUGUAUAAAGUGGCGGAGUCCAGAUUUGUGCCCUGUAUAUUGUGACUAUUACAAUGAUCCAGGAAAAUGCAGUUGGCAUUACAAACCUUGCGGAACGAUUGCCACAAAGACCUGUGGUAAUAACGGGGCUUUCAAGAAGUUCUCUGCAAAGCUUGAAGGCUGCUAUGCAAAGUGUCCAGACAAUAAACCUUAUCUUGAUGAGAACACAAUGCAGUGUUCUGCUUUAGAAGACUGCACCUGUCUUUAUAAUCAAAUAAUGCAACCAGGCGAAACCAUGCAAAAUGACUGCAACCAAACUUGUAAAUGCAUAAACGGUGUGCCGAUAUGCACAGAAUUAUCAACAACCACACCCAUAACAACCACACCCAUAAUAACCACAACUAUAGAAACACCAACAACCACACCCACAACAACCACAGAUACAGAAACACCAACAACCACACCCACAACAACCACCAUUUUUUGUGGUUAUGUGUAUUGGUGCCAUUGGUGUGCCAACAACCACAUUGUUGUGUGUGCAUACCCAUGUGGUUGUUGUAAUCACCACCUGGAUUGCCCAUGUUAG